UAGAGGCGUUCAUAAAUUGCGAAAAUCUUUCUCAAAACAAAUAAACGUAAAAAAGUAACUAAAGCAGCAUAAUUAUAUAUCUUAGGACCAACUGCACUCCUCCGGAAGAUAAAUAUACCCGUACAUUGAAAUCCAACCUGAAAAAGUGCUUAUAUGUGGCGUAUGUUUUUGCAAACUUUGCAUGCGGUGUUUUUUCUGUCUGUUUGGUAUUGCUAAAAUAAGUAGAGUUUAUAACAUGAGUUUAUAGUAUAUUUGUGCAGCUUUUGCUUUGGCAUUUUGUCCAACACACCAGGCAGAAUCCAUCGCGAAAGACGCAGCAAAUUAGCAACGUUUGUAAAUCGCGAAAGUGCUCGGAGUCUCAGACUUUUUUGGCGGGGGCUUCUGGCUUAACCAAUGUGGCACUUCCAAUGAGAAAUCAAUUGCAAGACGUUGGAUGCUCUCAGUAUUGGUUAUUGGCAAGAUUGGCCCCGAGACAGCAGUAUUCUAGGCACUUGGAUACCAAUCCAAUAGUUCCGAUCAGUCCGACUUUAAUACCCUCCCGAUUUAGACUUAGCCAUACACAAUGGCGGAGAAUCCCGAUUCUGGGCAGGAUCGCAAGCGGCCACGGCUGGAGGACGAGGAGCAGGAGCUCAAGGUUGCCGGCUUUUCGCUGAGCGCCAUCGAGGAAAUGCGUCAGACCCGGGACAACGAGCUCCAGAACGAGCCCAUGGACCAGCAGCUCCGUCAGUUCCAAGUUCUUGAUGAAGUUGGCUCUGGCAGCGACGAGGAUGAGGAGUCAGACGACACCAGCGAGCGGCAGGUUGGAAGGUACGGAGAGGGAGGCGACGAGGAGGAGGAGGCGGCGGAGGGCGACGGCGAUGAAUUUGAUUCCUCGGAGUUUGAUGACGAGGAGAUCGAGAACCUGCUGGAUGAGAAGCUGCCCGACGAGUUGCGUGAAUCCAAGCAGCCCAAAUAUGAGCAGCGUUUCAAGACUGUGCUCGAAGAGAAGCGCCUGAACCAUUUUGAAGUGCUGCCGGAGGGCUGGGUACAGGUGACCCACAACAGUGGCAUGCCGCUCUUCCUGCACCGAAAAACCCGCGUCUGUUGUGCCUCCCGACCUUAUUUCCUCGGCACGGGAAGUGCCCGCAAGCAUGCCGUGCCCUUGGCAGCAGUUCCUUGCCUUAACUACAGGCGAGCUUUGGACGAGGAGUCGGAAGUGGAGCAGCAGAAACCAGAUGGAGCCGCUACAGCAGCUGUGUGUCCCAUAACCGGUGCUACAGCCCCACCGGCAGAGCCCAUGGAUGUGGAGGGAAAGGAGAAUAACGAAGGUAGUUCCGAUCCCAAAUCCCAGCCAGAAAACCUAACUGCUCUAAUGCCAGCUGCCAAAAUCGUCACGGUUAACGAGAAUACCCAGAAAGAAUCCAUAACGCCAGAACAACUAAAUAACUACUGUCAAAAGUUGUUUAAAUUUAAGGUUAUCCGUGUGCUGCGCUUUCGGAGCUGGAAUGCCCGUCGCAAGUUCACAAAAAACCGCAAGCACAUCAAGAAUAUCCAACGGCCCACACUGCCCGAUGGCACUAAACUAAUUAAAUUCCCCAUUUUGGCGGCUGCCGGCGAGGGAUCAACCACUUCGCGCGCUCGAAAGGAGUGGAUCAUGAACCCCAACGGCAAGAGCUUCGUCUGCAUCCUACACGAGUAUGUGCAGCAUGCUCUGAAAACUCAGCCAACUUAUGAGUUCAAGGAGCUGCAGAAUGCCGCCACUCCCUAUUCUGCCACCGUGUCGGUGAAUAAUCUCAAGUACGGAACGGGCUAUGGCACCAGCAAAAAGCAGGCCAAGUCGGAGGCGGCACGUGAAACUCUGGAAAUACUCAUUCCGGAUGUCAAGGAUAAAAUCACAGGCAAUAACAAGGACCAAAAGAGUGGCACCGCUAAGAAGGCCCAAAGCGAUCUGUCUGUUUUCGAUGACAUCCGCAUUGAGGAUCCACGAGUCACCGAAUUUUGCAAUAAGACGACGGAACCUUCUCCCAACGCCAUUCUGCUGACUUGUUUACAGCGCAACUACGGCAGCGAUGUUCAGAUCAACCAGGAGAUCAAUCGCACUGCAAACAACAAGAAUGAGUUUACCAUGACCGUGGGCAAACACACAGCCAAAGUGGUUUGCAAAAACAAGCGGGAAGGCAAACAAUUGGCCUCACAGGCUAUCCUUCAGAUCCUGCAUCCACACAUCCAGACCUGGGGUUCUUUGCUGCGUCUGUAUGGCAACAAUUCAAUAAAAACCUUCAAAGAGAAGAAGCUAGAGGAGCAGGAGAUUACCGUGCUGCAAAGCAAGGCGGCUGUGAAUCAGCCCAACUACGCCAUUCUGGACAAACUCAAAACCGAGAUGCUCAAGCUGUGCGCCAAGCAGGAAAGUGUGCUAACCAUGGGUUCCUUUGUGCCGCCCAGCGAUGUCGAUCUGCCCACUUCCUCGGGGUCAAAUCUGAACAACGUCGAACUCUGAUCAGGGGACAUAAAUUCUCUCUUUCUAACUGCGAUUCUGUAGUACCGCAUGACAACGUCCUAGUUACCCAGUUCCAUUUUCCGAAUGCUUAUGCCAACAACGACGAGUUCUCUAUGGACAUAUGAAAUGAUUUCAAAUUGGCCCGGCCUUUAUCAUAAAAGCAAUAGUGGCGAGCCAAUCUGAACAGGCCAAUAAUGAGCAAUUAAUUAUCAAAAGGCUUUAACAAGUGGCCAAAAAUAAUGAACAAUUGCUGAUCAAGUGGCUUUACGUUGAGGUAAAUCCAUAAUUAAAUUUGCCAAAUAUAAGUAGCUCAUUUUUGCAGUAGCAAAGAAGAGGGGUUAAAAUAUCAUAUUAUACAAAUAAGCUUAAAUAAAAUAAAUUUAAAAAAUC